CAAACAAGUCCAGAGGAUUUGCAUUCGUCACGUUUGAGAGUCCAGCAGAUGCAAAAGAUGCUGCCAGAGAUAUGAAUGGAAAGAAGUACCAUCAUCUGCUUUGAAAUUGGAACGGCAAAUAGUAUAUGAAAAGAACAUUCACAGAUGGGAUUUGCUCUAGAAUGUCUUCUGGUCCAACUUGCUUUGACCAUGGAUAUGAAAGAUAUUCAUGCGGUGGUCUCUCAUGCUCAUCUUCAGGAAGCCUUCUGGACAACAGAUUGAAUCAAUGCUAUGAUGUCUGAGCAGUGCAAAAGAAAUGUAGAACUACUUAAUAGCAGCUUACCAGCUGAAGAAUUAAGAAGAAUCUUAAUUCAUGGCUGUCAAGUCUACAUCCUGAUGCCACAAAAUGCACAUGCUUACCUGGACAUAAAUGUGGAUACUCUCCAGUCUGUAAUGGUUGUUUGGUGCAGUGGGCUGUUCUCAUGACCUUCUGAUUCUACAUCCUUAAGAUGAAAUGGAUAAUUAAAGAGAGGAUAUGACCUUAGGCAAAGGGUCAGGACAAAACAAAGAUUUUAUUCCAGUGUAGACCUGCCAGGCCAGCUGGUCUGUGUUAAGAGGAUGGAAGCAGAUGCUACAAUCCCUCCAGUGUAAACUGUACUCAGCACUGUAGAAGAUUGUCUCAUUGACAGAAAGUGCUUCCUGUUCUUUGGGGAAGAAGUGAUACAAUGUACAGAAGCUUGGCCUCUUGAGAAAUGGAUCUUCAUUUCUUGGAUAUAUAUGGCAAAAUGAAACUCACUUAAUGUGCCAUCAAGGAACAUGGAGCAAUGGAGUCAUUGCAGCAUCAACAGCGAAGUGAUCCAUUGAAGAGGAAAGCCCUGUGCGGUGCUAGGACCAGCUUCAUGCAAUCAUUAGAUGGGAAGGCAAUUAAAGUGGAACAAGCAACCAAGCCAUCCUUUGAAAGUGGUGGUAGGCGUGGGCCACCGCCCCCUCCCCGAAGCAGAGGUCCUCCCAGGGGCCUUAGAGGCGCAAGAGGCGGAAGUGGCGCGAGAGGACCACCUUCAAGAGGGAGUCACUUGGGGUCUUCUCGAGGGCCACUUCCCAUGAAGAGGGGUCCACCUCCACGAAGUGGAGGCCCUCCACCUAAAAGAUCUGCACCUUCAGGACCAGUGCGUAGCAGUAGCAUGGGAGGAAGAGCUCCUGUGUCACGUGGAAGAGAUGGUUACGGUGGUCCUCCGCGCAGAGAGCCAAUGCCAUCACGGAGAGAUGUCUACAUGUCUCCAAGAGAUGAUGGCUACAGCACUAAAGACGGUUAUUCAAGCAGAGAUUAUCCCAGUUCCAGGGAUACCCGGGACUACGCACCACCUCCACGAGACUACGCAUAUCGUGAUUAUGGUCAUUCCAGUUCACGUGAUGAAUACCCCUCCAGGGGAUAUAGUCUUUCCUCCUAUAGCGAUCGUGAUGGAUACGGUGGUGGACGUGACAGAGACUACUCGGAUCAUCCAAGUGGAGGCUCCUACAGAGAUUCAUAUGAGAGUUACGGUAACUCACGUAGUGCUCCACCUGCUCGAGGGCCCCCGCCAUCUUAUGGUGGAAGCAGUCGCUAUGAUGAUUACGGCAGCACACGAGAUGGAUAUGGAAGCCGAGAAAGUUACUCAAGCAGCAGAAGUGAUGUCUACUCAAGUGGCCGUGAUCGUGUUGGAAGACAGGACAGGGGUCUUCCCCCAUCCAUGGAAAGGGGCUAUCCACCUCCUCGGGAUUCUUACAGUAGUUCAAGCCGCGGGGCGCCCAGAGGUGGUGGCCGUGGUGGAAGCAGAUCCGAUAGAGGUGGAGGCAGAAGCAGAUACUAAAAACACUCUUAAACUUUUGGACCAAGACAGAUUAUUUCUCAAAUGUGGAAGCUGUUCUAUCUUUACUACCAGAGGACUACUAAAAGGAAAAGUUGUUUUUAACCUUUUUUUAUUGUUGCCUGUUAAGUUUUUCCCUCCAUGACUUUUAUGCUUUUGUGAGAAACAGUUGAAACAAUGUUUAAUAUCAUUUCAAAAUUGUUAACAUUUCUUUCAGAAAGCAGAUGUUAAAUGUAUAAGCUUGAGCUGUGUACUAGUGUUGUAAUUUUCAAAGUAAAGUUUCCCUGAAAUGCCA